AUGUCUCAUUCACAGGGAAAUAACACUGAGCCUUUCAGUGAACAAGAACAUAGGGGUGAUGCUGACAUUGACAAGAAGCCUAAAAACAGAAGGCCAGCAAACACUGCCUUCCGGCAACAACGUUUGAAGGCCUGGCAGCCGAUCUUGACACCCAAGAGUGUUCUACCUCUCUUCUUUGUUGUCGGUGUUAUUUUUGCCCCUAUCGGUGGUUUACUACUAUGGGCUAGCUCGACGGUUGAAGAAUUAGUGAUAGAAUAUUCGGAUUGCAAGAAUGUCCCGACGAGCGAAACAUUGAUCCCAGAUGAUAAAUAUCAUUACACCUUCAAAUCCUCGUUUGAUCAGCCGCCAUCCUGGCAACGUUUCAGGGACGACAAUGGGGAUGAUCACUGCCGACUCAUGUUUGACAUUCCGGAUACCAUCGGACCACCGGUUUUCAUGUACUACCGCCUCACCAACUUCUAUCAGAAUCACCGAAGAUAUGUGAAGAGCCUCGAUAUGGAUCAGCUGAAAGGAAAGGCAGUCAAGAAUGAUACUAUCAAUGGUGGCUCUUGCGACCCUCUCAAACUUGACGAGAAUGGAAAAGCAUACUAUCCGUGUGGACUCAUCGCAAACUCCAUGUUUAACGACACUAUAAAUAAUCCUAUCUUGGUCAACGGCCGUGGUGGUGAACCCAAGGCGUACAAUAUGACAAACAAGGGUAUUGCAUGGGAUAGCGAUAAAGAACUCAUCAAGAAAACCGAAUACGAACCGGGUGCGGUUGUUCCUCCGCCCAAUUGGCGAGAGCGAUACCCGGACAACUACGAGCAUGGAAUCCCAAAUCUGCAUGAAGAUGAGGAUUUUAUGGUGUGGAUGAGGACCGCCGCCUUGCCAACAUUCAGCAAGCUGUCCCGGAGAAAUGACAACGAAUCCAUGCAAUCUGGGCGGUAUCGGUUGGACAUCAAAGACCCUUUUCCGGUCACUGAAUAUGGCGGUACAAAAUCUAUCUUGAUCUCCACUCGAAGUGUUCUCGGAGGCCGGAAUCCUUUCAUGGGAAUUGCCUACGUUGUUGUUGGAGGUGUCUGUGUCCUGCUUGGAGCACUGUUUACCAUUGCGCACUUAGUCCGUCCAAGGAAACUGGGCGACCAUACGUAUUUGACCUGGAAUAAUGAGCAAGAGACAUCUGCUACUGCAACUGGGCGAGAUGAUCGACCUGGGGCACACACCCAUUGA